GUCACAGCAACAGCCCAGCAGGCAGCCUGGCCUGCUCGGCCACCUCAGACAUCAGGCCCGGCCACUCCGCUCCACAAGUUGUUCAGGGAAGAGUUGCUAUUGGGCAGGAAGCUCGGUUUCCAAGUCUCACCUCGCCAGGACUGAGACACUCUUCUGCUGAGCCUGCAGACCCUCACCAGGCACGUGGUGGCCCAGACCCUCCUGGCAUGGAGAGCAUGGCAGUGGUGUACAGUGUCCCCGGUUCUUGCAAUGGACCGACAGAGUCAACGUUCUCCGCUUCCUGGAAGGGAGAAGCUUUCACGUACAUGACUCCAAGCGCCAGCAGCCAGGGCAAUCAAGUCAGUGAAAAUGGAAAAAAUCCUUCCUCUGGAAAUUCCUGGGUAUCUCUGAACACACUCCCACCUCUGGUCCCUAAGGAGGCGGCUACCCUCUUUGUCACCCGGGAUAACCCAGCAGGAUGCACUGGGCUACCCCGAUACUCUGAGCACCUCACUCAGCGAAGGCAGAUACCAGAAAGACCUCCCAAGAUUGGCCUUCUGGCCCGUGGUACCUCAAGACUGGAAACAGGCCCAGGCGGGAGCAACAGAUUCCGGGAGCGGUCCCUGUCUGUGCCCACAGACGCCGGUGUCACCUCAGUGGACUAUGAUGAAGAACAGAAGGCUGGUGAAGCCUGCAUCCUGCCUUAUGCCAGUACAAGCUCUGAAGGUAGCAACAGUACUGAUAACAUUGCGGCCCUCAGCACUGAGCAAGAGGCGCGACACAGAAGGCAAAGAUCCAAAAGUAUUUCCCUCAAGAAGGCUAAAAAGAAGCCCUCCCCACCCAUGCGCAGUGUCUCACUAGUCAAAGAUGAGCCAGUCCUCCCACCAGAAGGUGAACUGGCAAUGCCCAAGGACCAGAGGCCCAGGAGCCUUUGCCUGUCCUUGGAACACCAAGGGCAUCAUUCAGCUCAGCCCGAUGCUCAAGGUCACUCUCAGAGCUCUGUGCCAACUCUCAAAGAUUCGGAAGGUUCACAGUUCUCUCACCACUGGUAUCUCACUGACUGGAAGUCUGGUGACACCUACCAAUCCUUGUCCAGCUCCAGCACUGCCACUGGUACCACAGUCAUUGAGUGCACUCAAGUUCAGGGAAGCUCAGAGUCUCUGACCUCCCCUUCCACCUCCAGAGCGACAACACCCUCCCAGCUCUCCAUUGAGGUGGAAGCCAGGGAAGUAGCCUCCCCUGGAAGGCCCACUGGACUGAUGUCUCCUUCCAGUGGGUACUCCAGCCAGUCAGAGACACCCACGCCCACUGUCUCCAUGUCCUUGACCCUGGGCCACUUACCCCCUCCGAGCACCAGCGCCCGAGUGCGUCCAGUGGUGCCAGAAAGGAAGUCAUCACUGCCUCCAACAUCACCAAUGGAAAAAAUCUGCAAGUCACGGUUAUCAUUUGACCUACCACUGACCUCUUCAACUACCCUGGAUCUGUCGGGGAUGAGUAUCUCCAUCCGCAGCAAAACCAAGGUGAGCCGCCAUCACUCCGACACCAAUUUCGGGGCCAAACUGGCACAGAAAACCAGUCCAAACCAGCCAAUCAUGCCCAUGGUCACUCAGUCUGACCUCCGUUCUGUUCGCCUGAGGUCCAUCAGCAAGUCUGAGCCAGAAGAUGAUAUUGAGAGCCCGGAUUACACUGAGGAGCCUGGAGCCGAAGAAGUCUUCACCUUGCCAGAGAGAAAAGUGAAACCUCCCAUAGCCGAGAAACCUCCACUGGCCCGAAGACCUCCAAGUUUGAUUCACAGGCCGCCCUCUCUCCCCGGGGAGCAUCCACUAACGUCUCCUACUACGGCUAUGACACCCAGGAGCUCCGUUCCACACAUGAAGCAGCUCCCCCAAGACAGCUACACAGUGUUGCGGAAACCAAAGUCACCCAGCUUCCCCAGUGGCAGGAGCCCGGGGGAGUCAACAGCGCCCUCCACCGUUGUCUGCACGCCUCUUGCCGGUUCCUCUGGUGCUUUCUUCUCAGGAACACAGCAACCUCCCCAGGCCAGUGUAGAAGAUGGGGGCGCCAAGGUGAGAGCCCUGCCUGAAAGAAUCAGCCUCCAGAGCCAGGAAGAAGCUGAGAAAAAGAUCAGCAAGAUUCCACCUCCGGUACCAAAAAAGCCCAGUGUGCUCUACCUGCCUCUCACCUCACCUGUAGCUCAAACGGAUGCCUGCAUGGCAGAACCAAGGCUGCCUUUCAGCCCCAUCAUCACCCUGGAGGAAGAUGCCAAGUGUCCCUCCACUGGCGAUGACUUGAAGUCACCUGGUAAACGCAUGACUUCGGCCCCUCCCGUUGACAGUGGAAAGGAGGCCAUCUCUCCAGGGAGGCCUGUAGAACCAAGCACCGAAGAGAAAAGUUUAAUCAGUGAUAAAACAGCCGAAUGGAUCUCGGAGGAGGAUGAUGACGUGUUUGUGGCUUCUCGCACAACUGAAGAUUUGUUUACUGUGAUCCACAGAUCCAAAAGAAAGCUACUCGGCUGGAAAGAGCCUGGGGAGGCCUUCCCAGGCAGCAGACCUAGCUCCCAUUCGCCAGUGAAGAACACAGCUGAUUCUCCCACCAGUGAGUCAGCUGCUGCCACAGGGCCAAGUGGCAGUGUGAGCCUAGAUGCUGGCAGAAAUGAUGAUUUCAAGGCCUUGCUCCAGAAGAAGGGAAGUAAGGCAACUCCUAGGACCCGCCCCUCGGCGGCCGAGCUGCUGAAGACCACUAACCCUCUGGCUCGAAGAAUCAUUGCACAGUUCUCAAAAGACUAUGAACCCACUGACAACCCCAGUACCUAAGCCCUGCUUCUUACUUACUAGCCCUGAGUAGAGAAGGGGGAGGAUA